AUGUCUUCUUCUGCCGCCACCGCCGCCGCCAUCCAGUACCCGGCCGUUCGCCGGGACGAGGAUUUCGUCGAGAACCUCCAUGGUGUGGAGGUCCGCGACCCGUACCGCUGGCUCGAGGACCCCCACAGCGAGGAGACCAAGGCCUUCGUCGACGCCCAGAACAUCAUCUCCAAGAAGUUCAUCGAGAGCUACCCCUCCCGCGAGCCGUUCAAGAAGCGCAUGACCGAGCUCUUCAACUUCGAGAAGUACUCCACUCCCUUCGUGUAUGGCAACCGGAUCUUCUACUUCCACAACACCGGCCUCCAGUCGCAGGAUGUUCUGUACGUCAUGGACGGCCCGGACGCCGAGCCGCGUGUGCUGCUCGACCUGAACACCUUCUCCGAGGACGGUACCGUCUCCAUGAACACCUUCUCCAUCAGCGAGGAUGGCGAGUGGCUGGCGUACGGUGUCAGCUCCGGCGGUUCGGACUGGGUGACGGUGCGCGUGCGCUCCGUGGCUCCCGGCCAGGUGGAAGACCAUCCCGACGGCCAGAUUGAGUGGGUCAAGUUCUCCUACCUCUCCUGGACUCACGACCAUAAGGGCUUUUUCUACUCGGUACGCCAAAGCCCCCGCAUUUCCCCCGAGAAGAUUGCCAUCAACGGCGGCAGCAACGGUGGCCUCCUUGUCGGCGCGGCGGUCACCCAGCGCCCGGAUCUGUACGGCGCGGCUGUGGCCGACGUCGGUGUGCUGGACAUGCUGCGCUUCCACAAGUUCACCAUCGGCCACUUCUGGAUGUCGGAUUACGGCUGCCCGGACAAGGAGGAGGACUUCCAGUACCUCUACAAGUACUCCCCUUACCACAACAUCCGCAUCGCCCCGGGCCAGCGCUUCCCCUCGGUCAUGGUGACCACCGGUGACCAUGAUGAUCGUGUGGUGCCGCUCCACUCGCACAAGUUCAUCGCUGCCCUUCAGCAUGCUCUGGAGAAUGCCGGCACCCAGGGCUCGGACAUUCGCCACGGCCCGGCCAUCGCCCGCAUUGAGACUCGCGCUGGCCACGGUGCCGGGAAGCCCACCAUGAUGAUCAUCGACGAGACCUGCGACCGGUUUGCCUUCAUUGCCAAGGCCCUGGACCUGACCUACCACGAGUAG